UUAUUUUGAUUUAAUAAAAAUGCCCCCGCCCCUUUUGUUUAUCCAUUGUAACCAUAAUACUGUGGUGUAUUGACACAUCUAGCUAAGUUCCACUGCAAUGAUCGUGACAGCGUGGUUAUCUUUCGAGUUUCUUCAAUGUCUGUGGAAUAGAAAGAAUAGAGGGUGUAUGGGCAAUAAAGCCACAGCAGUGGCCCGAUUAUCUCCCGGCAUGAAACCCAAGUGCCACAUAAAAGCGCGUUGUGAGAUUUAUCCUAGGAGUCAGAUCAAACGCUUUCCUGUACCGGAUGAUAAAGUGCCAUGGACAACGAAAUUCCCAGAAUACAAACCUGUAGAUUACACAUCCGAGUCGAUCCUAAAGCGCCCGGUGUAUGCUGAUCCAGAUAUCAGAACAGAGAAAGUAGAUCCUCCAUUGAGCUUCAACGGCUGUGACGGCAAAAUCAAUCGAGUGAGUCACAUGGGUGACUAUGAACUGGUGGACGGAAUACCCAGAAAUCCACAGGGCAGGACAGGGCUGAUGGGCCGGGGUACUCUAGGGAGAUGGGGACCAAACCACGCAGCAGACCCCAUAGUAACCAGAUGGAAAGUAGAUGAAUCAGGGAAAAUCAUUAAGGGACCAGACGGUAAACCUGUGCUCCAGUUUGUGUCGGUCCAGAGGCGGGACAACCAUCAAUGGGCACUCCCCGGGGGUAUGGUAGAUGCAGGGGAGGUUGUCACGGCGACCGUUAGGCGAGAGUUUGGUGAGGAGGCGAUGAACUCAAUACAGAUGUCUUCAGAGGAGAAGAAAAGAAUGGAGAAAGAAUUAGAUGAACUCUUUGCUACAGGACGAGAGAUAUUCCGUGGCUACGUAGACGACCCCAGGAACACAGACAACUCAUGGAUGGAGACUGUGGCAUUCAAUUUCCAUGAUGAGGAUGGCUCCUGUCUGGGCAAAAUCAAUCUGUGUGCAGGUGAUGACGCAAUGAAUGUCCGGUGGACAGAUUUGAGUGGAACAUUAGACCUCUAUGCAAGUCAUGUAGACUUUUUAGAAGAAGUAGCCAAGUUCCAUAACGCUAGCUGGUGAUAUUGACUUACCUGUGUUAGACAUGACCCAGGACCCAUUCAGCCGACCAACAAGCCAAGCCCCUACUCCCAUGUCCAACAUUCAUUUUUUUCAGCAGCCAUAUGAUUAUUAUUUUUCUCAUAUUGUGCUAUUCCCAAUUACUUAGUUUGCAUAUUCUAUUUAUAUGAAAAUGAAGGUGUUAAUUUAUAAUAAUUAGAUGAAAUAUGCUGAAAUGUAUUUUGAGUUAGUUUAUUACAAUCGAUGUAGUUGAUUGAGUAAAGGUACAUGUAAUAUGAUUACAUUUCUAAUGAUUACUAACUGAUUCUACAAAUUAAACCCUUGUAAUUUGCUAUAAUGUUAUACAUGACACACAUUGGUUUAAAAGAAUAGCAAAUGGAGUAUGAAGUUGUAUGUAUGAUAUGUUAACAGAUUAAUUUUCCUUUUUUUAUUCAUAACAAUUAACAUCAUAGUAGAGAAGCAAACUGUGACUGCGAUUUUCUGUUUGUGUUACAUUAUGUCGAUAUUAAGAGUCCUGCUUCAUUUACAAUGGUAUAUGUUGUAUAUUUUAAUGAAAUAAUGAUUAUUAAGAAAUCCCCUAGCUGUAACAAAAAGCAAACAAAUCAAACUUGAUUUCUCUUAAGUACAUGUAAGCAUGUGAAAGCCGUGCGAUUGUGUGGAGAGAGAGAGAGAGAGAGAGAGAGAGAGAGAGAGAGAGAGAGAGA